ACGGCGUAGCAUUUUAUGAUGGAUUUGUAGGAGAGAGAAGACGGACGGUGUAGGCUUCUAAACAGGAGCAAGGAUUGGUUCAGGAGCUUGAAGUUGGAGUAUACGCAGAUGAUUGUGGAUGUGUAAAGAGGUGAGGACGGGUUGUGCUUGAGAAUUUGGGCGUGGAGCUGCUUGGCUUCGGAUUUGGAGGUGAUCGUCCCCGGCCGUUUGAGAAGUACUUUCAGGAGCUGUUUAACUUCAAAUUUGGUGGUGAUGGCGCCUGGCUUUCUGAGCAACGCUUUGAGGAGGCCGAGUGUUGAUGCCAUUGUUGGUUAGCUUCUCAACCUCGGCUGACUCACUGACUUAAUUUUGAUGCAGAGACAUGGGUCGGAAAUUAAGACGGGUUGGACAAAUGAGAUGACCAAAGCCCAAGCAUAUGGUGGUAAGGAAGCAGUGGGCCUGAAUCUGAUUGCUUCAGUGUGAUCCAUGCUUAUUUGGUAAAACAAACCAGUGAAACAAAAUAACCCAAUUUUGGAAAGCUAUGAAAUAAGUUUAGUGUGAUUUUGGGUUAAUUGCAUGGUUGGUCAUCGAGAUUACAAAAAACGUUCAAGUUUGAUCACUCGAAAUAUUUAAAUCCAUUUGUGGUACUUUAGUUUACUGAAACCGUUCAUGUUUGGUCACUCUUCGUCCAACUCCGCUAAUUUUUACUUAAGUGGCGGUCAACUCUAAAAGUUAUCCGUUAAAUGUGUGACAUGACAAUUAAAACUAAUUUUUUAUCCCCUCCAACAAACCUCAGACCUUCUUCUUUUCCCAGUAGAGCAGUACCACUCCACAAUCCACUUCCCCCUCUACACACUUCCUUUCCUCACUCUUCUUCCCUUCCACUGGUAAAAAUAAUUCAAUAAAUCACUGUUUGACCAAAAAAGGCUUAUUCUAAUCUCACUCUCUUUCCUACCUUUCUCUUACAGGGGAUCAUCAGUUAGUUACUCGUUAUUGGCUUGAUGGAAAGCAGCAGCAAAGAGAAAGGAGUUCGAGCUGGUGGCGGAAGAGGAGCUGAGUUCGGAUACUCACCACCACCCCCAUCAGCAGCUCAGCAGCAGAUGAUUAUGAGCCAUCAGAUCCACCACCAAGGCUUCGAUUCCGCGUCGUCCGAGAUCUUCAACCUCACCACCGGCAACGAUAUGAUCGGCUUCUCCAACUCAUCCGCCAAACCCCACUCUCCCACCGCCAUGUGGAAACCCUUCGGCGAAAAGUCUGCUACCAGCGAACCCACCACCAGCCCGAGUUCAGCGCCGAUGGCGAAGGGGUGGAGGCGGGGAUGAUGGCGGCGGUUGUGGAGGAGGAUCCGAUUAACAACAAUAAUUCAUCGAUGGUGUUUUCAUGCUCAGGGAACGACUGGCCUAGCCAAGGGCUAUCACUUUCUCUCUCCUCCACCCAGCCUUCCACCAUCGGCCUCCAGUCCUUCGAGCUCAUCCGCCACAAACACAACCACAACAACCAGAGACGUAUUUGCCCUCGUUGGGAACGUUGAUGGAAUAAGGUCUAAGGUUUGUU